CCCCAAAUUGGCCAAAAUCAUAUUUUUAUCGUCUCUUCACCAUGGCUUUAAAAUUAGCUCCUCAGCUCAUUCGACGCUGCUCUGUCUACUGCACACCUCAGCUUCGACUAGUAGCUAGACGUGCCUAUAUCACUCCAACAUUGACAGCAUGCCGUGCAUCAUCAGUGGAACAGGUCAAUCAGUCAAGCAAUAGCCGCGAACCCAUUCAUGACGACCACCCUAGGUAAGGCCUCGUCUGGCUUGCUUCUGUAUAUCUUCGUUGACCCCUUCAACCUUUUCUCUCGCACCAGCACCAACCAUGGUAAGGAGAUCAAGGAUACCAAGCUCAUUUUUAACCAAGCAUGGAAGAACAUUGAAGACCACUAUGGGAGGGAAAACCUCCAUUUACCUAGAGAACUUAUCUUUUUGAUGGGUGCCCCAGGAUCAGGAAAAGGUACACACACUCCAUCCAUCCUGCGCGCUCGAGGCAUCACCAAUCCCCCCAUCUCUGUCUCCAAUUUGCUGGAUACCCCAGAAUGUAAAGAGCUCAUUAACCGCGGUCAAAUGAUCUCCGAUCGUACCGUCAUGGAAAUGCUGUUCCACGCCUUGCUCGACUGUGACCCUACGGUUGGCGUCCUGGUCGAUGGCUUUCCUCGCACUGAAAUCCAAGUGGAGGCUCUAAGGCUGUUUUACGACAAGAUGGUUGAACUUCGACGAGAAUUUUGGAACACCGAUCGCCGCGAUCAAUUCCCUCGCCCUGUCUUUCGCAUUUGCGUCUUGUAUGUCGAUGAAGAUAUUUCUGUCCAGCGUCAGCUGGCACGCGGUCAAAUGAUUCGAGAACAUAAUGCGCAGGUCCGACGAUCAGGACAAGGAGUUCUUUGGGAGGAACGUGUGACGGAUUUUGACGAGACGUUAAUUCGCUCAAGAUAUGCUAUUUUCAAGGCUCAUUAUGGAGCUCUGUUGAAGCUUUCUAAAAUUUUCCCCUUCCACCUCAUCAAUGCUGUGGGCAAUAUCAAUGAAGUCAUGCAAAUCAUCCUGAAGGAAUUCGAAUACCAAUCUUCUUUGGAACUGGAAUCCGAUACAUAUGACGCAAUUUCGCAUAUCCCUUUGGCCAACAAAAUUGGUGUGCAUGCUAGACAGGAACUUAUCAGUCGAUUGGAACACUAUCAAAUGCAAGAGCCUAAAACUCUUCAAAAAGCUAUUCAGUGGAUCGAUCAUACUGUCGUGCCGCAGGUGACUCGACAUGCUAUCAGUGGUGCCGCCAUGAUCCGCACUGAGGACCCUGCAUUGUCCAAUGGCCACUUUGUCGACAUGGUGAUGGACGUAUUAUCAGAACGUGGCUAUCAUGUUUCAUUUGAAAACAGAACAACCCAUAUACCCUGCAAGGUAGACAUGAAAACGGGUGACAUCUCGUUGGAACACCGCGACGUUUACGUCUUGAAUGUACAUUUCCCUAAACAUUAUAUUCAGCCUCUUGAGCAGAAAUUUGAUUAAAUUAUAGCAACCCAUCACUCUUAGAAUCCUUUUGUCAUUUUGUAUCCAUUACUAUGCGUUGUUGUUUUUAAUAAAGACAUGAGAAAAAACCCCUCCCCAUUAUAUACACUAUGUAGGUGUAUCGUUGGCAGCAUCUCUAAAGUCGUUGCUGUAGAAAGACAAUUUGAGGGUGAUAGCAAAGAUAGCGUGACCGAACAAGAUUCCAAUCAAUAACAGUCUGCUAGUUUUAGCAUCAGCUCGAGCAAUAAUGGAAUAAAGGUUUUUGAUGAGGAAUACAGCUAGAGAAAGGUAAAAAAGUUAGUAGGUAGGAUGGAUUUCAGAGUCAGGAUACCAUC